CACACAUAAAGACCUGACUUCCCAAGUGUUUUAUCAGACAGCCCCGAGCAUCCACUGUCAGCAUUAGACAUUAAGACGGCCUUUUGUUUUUUUGAGAAAGAGAUCAGACCAGAUUUUAAUCCUUUUCAACAGGAGAACAGAUUGAGGAUGAGCGUGUUUGGAUGGCCGGUCACUCUUCUCCUCUUCCCCCUCCUUGGGUCAGCUACCUCAUCCCCUGUCUCUACUUUUUCUACCACAUCACCUCCAUCACAUUUUUCACCUCCAUCCCCAUCUGAAAACAUAAUCUCAUCUCUGUCGUCCCCCUCUCUCAGUCCCCUGUCCCUCACGCCCCCCUUCAUCGACUCCCCCACAGGUUCUUCAAAACAAGAGCGCUGCCCUUUGAUCAUCACACCCUCCACGCUGGUGGUCAGGUUUGGAGAUCCAGCGACAGCUAACUGCUCUGGGCCACAGAUGACUCACUCUGGCCUGGGCUGGGAAGUCCAACAGGGAGCCCCUGAUCUCACCGGGGGUGAAUUUCUGGUCUGGAGGGUGGACAACCUGACUGUGUGGAGCUUGAAGCCCAUGUGCUAUGCACUGGUGGAGCGUGGAGAUUGCGUCACUGGUCUAAAUUUAACUGUCUACAAGCCUCCAGACUUGGUGUCCAUCAGCUAUCUAAAUCACACUGGGCCCCUGAUAGAGGGCCAUGUGUACACUUUGCAGUGCACAGUCGAGAACGUUGCUCCUGUUGGGAGUCUCUCUGUGACGUUUUACAGGGGACAGGAGGCUCUAGGUCCACCACAGUCCCGGAAUAAUUCAGAGAAGAAACCAGUGACUGAGAUCUUCACUCUGAACAUCAAACCUACAGGAGAAGAUCAAGAGGGACACUACUGGUGUGAAGCCAAGCUGGAGCUGGGACCCGAGGGACCACAGCCCCCUCCUGUGGUGAAGUCACAAAACCUCACAGCUACUGUCUAUUUUGGCCCACAAUUCCUUUGUCCAACAAACCUGAAGGUUGAGGAGGGAGAGAAACUGACCUGUGAAGUGAAAGGAAACCCUUUGCCAUUAGUCACCUGGCUCAGAGAUGGCAUGAAAGUUGCCCCACCCCUACACUCAAACAGAAAGCAUUCUGGGAAAUACACAGUCCAGGCAGAGGGAGCUCUUGGACAGAAGAAUCUCACACUAGAGGUGGAGAUCAUCAUUUCCAGUGGAACUUCAAACACUGGUGGUAGGAAUUUCCUGCUGGCUGUCCUGCUUCUAAAAUUGAUUUCUUGGCUGUAAACCCUCCUACAAAUCACCCUAUCCGACCUGUAAUUAGACUGUUGAGAGAAAUGUUUGUCAUUGUUAGUCUGUGCAAAGGCUCAACAUUUCUUGCAUUCGAAUGAAAAAUGUAAAUAUAGUUGAUUAAUUCAUUUUGGGGGGGGGGUUCUGCAUGCAAUCUAAAUGCCAAUACUUGUCCUGAUAAAGCAGAACCAGAAAAUUUAUACUAACAGUUUCUGGCUUGAAAGCUUCUAUCCUGGUACAUUAUAUUGUUAAACUCUGUUUUAAGGGAAAUGGUAGGAAUAUGUUCCCUUGUUCCCAUUCCCAUGAUUGUGUGGUCUGCUGUGCUUUUGAUUUUUUUUUUAAUCUUAAAGUACACAUAGCAGAUUGUUCAAGGCUGCUCCAGAUAGGGAACCAGUUUAGUGUGACUAAAUAUCAACAACCAAAACAAAAUGUCAUAUGACAUUUGUAAACACCAUAAGAUAGAAAUGACCUGCUGGCAGAUCCAGUUUCAAACUUUUACCUGACAUCUACUCAGCACAAACUCAUCUCUUAAGAAUUGUGUACUUUUUUUCCUCUCAGGAGUUAGGACUCCUCCAGCCAUCACUCUUCACUUUUGAAAGGACACUGGUAUGCUUAACCCUGUGUCUAUUUGCUCUGUUUUUGGGAAGUAGA